AAAGCCGAAAAAGAACAAAAUGGCAAACAAUAAAGUUAUAUUCGGUGUCUUGUGUUUGGUCACACUGGCCGCGGCCCUUCCGGCCGAGGAGACGCGCGGCCAUGCCCGCAACGCAAUCGGCGGCGAGAACGACAUUAUGGAUAGCAUCUACAGCGACUGCCUGAGGAAGGAUUCGGUGUCGUGCGUCAAGUACAAGCUGUUCAACUUCGUGGACAAGGUGCUCGGUGCCCGCGACCAGUUCGCCCUCACCGAAGGUGUGACCGUUGUGCGCUCCCCUGAUGCCCCAGCGCAGGAGGCUGCUCGCUCCAUCUCUGGAGACGAGUCGUUCGAGUCUUUGGCCCUCAACCGUAUCAGCAGCUUCCUCAACUCGCACACCAUUAAGGUUGAGCUGAAGGGCGCCGACAUUGUCCAGGCCGUCAGCUCUACCGGACGCGCCCUCGAGGAUGCCUCCGAGUCCCUGUUCGGCAGCAACGACCCCAACGCUCCCGAAGAGAGCCGUGGCAAGAAGAAGAAGGCCGCCAAGAUCCUUGGCCCCAUUCUGGCUCUGGUUGCCCUGAAGGCCGCCGCUCUGCUUCCCCUGCUCCUUGGUGCCAUCGCUCUGAUCGCCGGCAAGGCCCUGCUCAUCGGUAAGAUCGCUCUGGUUCUCUCCGCCGUGAUCGGCCUGAAGAAGCUGCUCUCCCAGGAGAAGCACGUCACCUACGAGGUCGUCGCCCAUCCCCAUCACAGCAGCAGCCACUCGGCCAGCCACGACUCCUACGGCAGCGGCUACAGCGCCGAUGCGGGCGCCUCCUCUGCCUCGUACGGCAGCAGCGGUCAUGGUGGCUGGGGACGCUCCAUCGAUGCCCAGGAUCUGGCCUACGGUGCCCAGAAGCCCCAGGCUUAAGUUGGACAGACAGUCAGCGACAUCAGCGAGAACCUGAACAAUCUGAAGCAACCACAAUCAACAACCACAUUCACAAGAAGAACAUCACAAACGACUUGAGCCACAGCGCUCGUAAGAGACUCUUGAA